GCCCCAGAAGUCCUUGUGGCGACACUGGGACAGCCCACAGCCCUCGCCCCCACCCACGUCGGUCCAGGGCGCGUGUCUGGAGCAGCGUGACCUUGCUCACCCCGCAGGCUGCGGGCCUUAAAGUGAACCUGGCAGUCCGGAAGACGCCUCCGGCUGAUGACAGAUUCGCGCGCUGCUAAGACGAGCGAGAACUGGGCUCCCGCCGGCGGGUGCCCGAGUCAGGAGAGGCACCCGUGACCCCAGCCGCCCGCCCCGCGUUCUCAGGGCCCCGAGGUCACCAGCCCCAGGCUGCGCCCCGCUGGACGCCUGCCUGGGGCCAGGCCUGGCACGAAGCAACGCGAACCUCAGCUUCGGUCCUCCACUCCGCCCUUCCCUCUGGACUUCUGAGCUCGGGGGUCGCUAAGACACCGAGCCUCCGGGCUGCGUCUCCACACACACGCGGGCGCCACACCCGGCCCCGCCCUGCACGGUCCGCAGCCGUGUGGGCGGGAGAAAGGGCGGGGCCUGCGCGGAGCCCCGCCCCAUGGCCCUAGGCCCUCCGCGGGCCCCGCCAGUGCCCGGGGGUGAGGUCCGAGUGCGCAAUUUGCGUUCCAUCCCCCACAGCCCGUGUCCCGCCGCCCGCUGGGCCCGGAGCGCGCGGACAGCCCGGGAAGGCGGCACUGACCGGGAGCGCGCUGCCACCCUCGCUGCAAGGUACAGAGCAGCGGCGGGAAGCAUGCGGGACUACGAGGAGGUGACCGCCUUCCUGGGCGAGUGGGGGCCCUUCCAGCGCCUCGUCUUCUUCCUGCUCAGCGCCAGCAUCAUCCCCAAUGGCUUCAAUGGGAUGUCAGUUGUGUUCCUGGCGGGGUCCCCGGAGCACCGCUGCCGGGUUCCGGACGCCGCGAACCUGAGCAGCGCGUGGCGCAACCACAGCAUCCCGCUGCUGCUGCGCGACGGCCGCGAGGUGCCCGACGGCUGCCGCCGCUACCGGCUCGCCACCAUCGCCAACUUCUCCGCGCUCGGGCUGGAGCCGGGGCGCGACGUGGAGCUGGGGCAGCUGGAGCAGGAGCGCUGCCUGGAUGGCUGGGAGUUCAGCCAGGACGUCUUCCAGUCCACCAUCGUGACCGAGUGGAACCUGGUGUGUGAGGAUGACUGGAAGACGCCCCUCACUGCCUCCCUGUUCUUCGUGGGCGUGCUCUUUGGCUCCUUCGUGUCUGGGCAGCUUUCAGACAGGUUUGGCAGGAAGAGUGUUCUCUUUGCAACCAUGGGUGUGCAAACUGGCUUCAGCUUCCUGCAAAUUUUCUCCAUCAACUGGGAGAUGUUCACAGUGUUAUUUGUCAUCGUGGGCAUGGGCCAGAUCUCCAACUAUGUGGUGGCCUUCAUACUAGGAGCAGAAAUCCUUGGCAAGUCAGCUCGUCUAAUAUUCUCCACCUUAGGGGUGUGCACAUUUUUUGCAAUCGGCUACAUGCUGCUGCCGCUGUUGGCUUACUUCAUCAGAGAUUGGAGGAUCCUGCUGCUGGCGCUGACGGUGCCCGGGGUGCUGUGCGUCCCCCUGUGGUGGUUUAUUCCUGAAUCUCCCCGGUGGCUGAUAUCCCAGAAAAGAUUUCGAGAGGCUGAAGAUAUCAUCCAAAAAGCUGCACAGAUGAACAACGUGACUAUGCCUGCAGUGAUAUUUGAUCCUAUAGAGCUACAAGAGCUAACCUCCUUGAAGCAGCCAAAAGUUUUCAUUCUGGACCUAUUCAGGACCUUGAACAUUGCCAAAAUAACCAUUAUGUCUUUGCUGCUGUGGAUGCUAACCUCAGUGGGUUACUUUGCUCUGUCUCUCAAUGUCCCUAAUUUACAUGGAGAUAUCUACUUGAACUGCUUCCUCUCUGCCUUGAUUGAGGUUCCAGCUUAUAUUAUGGCCUGGCUGUUACUGCGCAAGCUUCCCAGGCGCUAUAUCAUAGCUGGCGUCCUCUGCUUCGGAGGAGGUGUGCUCCUCUUGAUUCAGCUGGUGCCUGCAGAUUACAAUUUCUUGUCCAUUGGUCUGGUGAUGUUGGGGAAAUUUGGAGUCACCUCUGCCUUCUCCAUGCUGUACGUCUUUACUGCAGAGCUCUACCCUACGCUGGUCAGGAACAUGGCUGUGGGCAUCACCUCCAUGGCCUCCAGGGUGGGCAGCAUCAUCGCUCCCUACUUUGUCUACCUCGGUGGUUACAACCGACUUCUGCCCUACAUUGUCAUGGGCAGUCUGACUGUCCUCAUUGGAAUUGUCACCCUUUUCUUCCCUGAAAGCUUUGGGGUGGCUCUACCAGAGACCUUAGAAGAGAUGCAGAAAGUGAAAGGCAAUUGUAUUUUCAGGUUCAGAUCUGGGAAAAAAUCAAAAGACUCAAAGGAGAGAGAAGAAAGUCCCAAGGUUCUAAUAACCGCAUUCUGAUAAAAUUUGUUCUGCAUUUGGCAAACCAGACAAACACCUAAGACUCUCUGAAGAAACCAAAGCCUCUCCUGCUGAAAUGGACUCACAGUAACAAGCAACACUACAACAGACCUUGCUACAGAGAGAGAAGUGCUUAUUGUCUUGUAAAUGCUGAACCACUCUUCCAGAUAACCCCCUUAUUUUUAAACACAAACAUUGCCAGAGAGUCCUCUUUACUAAUUAAUUCUAUGAAAUGUGUUUGUAAGAUUUUUUGAAAAUGUGUUAGUCAAGGACUGGCAAAAUCCAUCUAAAGAGUAACACCCUUUUCCCUGCGUACCAAUUCCAUCCAAAUAAAAAGGUCACUGCGUUAAUACCACUAUGACAUGACCACAGUGCGUAGCAAUAUGUAGAUGUGUACAUGUGGAAGACGAUUACACAAUGUGCAGGUUCUGAAUCCUUAAACUCAACCAACCUACAUUGACAGUUGCUGACCUGUACUAUGCAGUUAAACCUAUGAUGGCUGUGUCUGUAUUGAAUAUGUACAGACUUUUUUAUUGUAAUUAUUGCCUAAGCAAUAUAGUAUAAUGGCUAUUCAAAUAACACUUACAUUGUAUCAGGUAUUGUAAGUCAUCUGGACUUAAGUGUACAGGAGGAAAUGUGUCAGUUAUAUGCAAAUGCCACACCAUUUUAUAUGAUGGACUAUCGUUGUGGUAUCCAAGAGGGUCUUAGAACUAAUUUCCCAAGGAUACUGGGGACAACUGUCUACAGUAUUCAUAUCCAGAAAAUGUUACACCCUCCUUUGAACAUUAUUUUUUUUUAUACUUGGAAUCAAACUCAGGACCUUGCAUUUGCCAGGCAGGUGCAGUGCCACUGAGGUAAAUCCCCGGUCCUCCUUUGAGAAGAAUGGAUGGAUGUUAGAAAAAUAAGCUUUUCCCUCUAUCAUCACACUCAUACAGAGCAUUUCUGUGUGGGGAGGUAGUUGUCCCCCCACACAACACGAAGUUCUCCAGAAGAUGCCUAGGUCUAAAUGAAGACUUCAAUCCAAUUCUGACGCUAGCUACCUGGAGAGAAUGUCAAAGCCCAUAGGACCAAGGGCUCGGUCCAUAAGAUGGCCCCGCUUUUGAUGCCUACUGCAAGACCAGGCCACCAUACUUCCGACCAAUAAGGUCAGGGCUCCCAGGACCUCCUGGUCAUAUUUGCUAGGAGGACUCACAGAAUUCAGGGAAACACACUUGCCAGUCUGUUAAGCAGGAUGCAGAUGAACAGCCAAAGAAGACAUGCAAAGGGCCCUUCCUGCAAAUGGAUGUGCUCACCUGUGCACCUUAUCCCAAAAGCUCUUCAGAUCACCAUCAGGAGUUGGACAGAGCUUGCUCUCCGGCACCCCCAUCCCAGAGGUCAGUGGGAUAGAACCCAGAGCCUUGAGCAUGCUAGCAAAGCGUUCUAUCACUGAGGUACACUCCAACCCCUAAUUCCAGUCUUGGGAGUCAAAGAGGAAGAACGGGAAGAAUGUAAAAUGCGAACCCUGGGAACGCGGUCUGGAGAGAUUCUAAAGUCCUGCCUGCCGUCCCAGCAGCCAGCCCUGAGCUCCCAUCUUGAACUGAUCUCUGAGGAGGCUGAAACCCAGGUCAAAGUCAUUUUCUGCAGCUCAGAGCUGGCUGUUUGUUCAGCUCCCAUUCAUUCUUCUGGAGCAGCAGUCACCUUUACCCUAGUUUAGACCAAGCCAAGUUGGAUCUGCUGAGAUGAAUCACCUUGUCCCAAGGUUACAUUUAACAGAUUGGUAAACAGAUUGUAAAAAAAAAAAAAAAAAUUAUGAGGAUGUGAACUCUCACCCAGAGGAUCUAUCUGUGUUGACACAGAAAACUCUAAGCCUGAUUCUGAGAACCUUGAGACAAGCAUCCUCUAGCACUGCCAAUGCCAUCCUCCUUGUCAGAGCUCCUGUCCCCAAGGCUGCAGUCCCUCCCGCCUGCUCGCCCACCUGCUCACCCUCCCGCUGGGGCUGCUCCUGGUCCUGGGCCUCUGGAAGCCCCUUUCUUUACCCAGGUACACCCCCGGUUGGCCUCCCUCUCCUGACCUGUGCAGAGGCCUGUUUCCCCGAGAACUCUCCUGUCACCGGGCUCUGUCUCUUGGAGGGAGGCUGCUCCUUUCUCACUUGGCCAGGAACUUGAGGGCCAGAGGCGCUGUUUUCCUGGUUCCGCACAGUGGUCUCCAAACCAUAGCUCCUCCACUCUCACCUUCACAGGGUGCCCCUUUGGGUCUGUCCUGUGCCUUCCGGCUGCUGUUACCAGCAGCUCGCCUGGCUGUAGUCAGAGAAGCCUCUGGAGUCCAGCUCCAGGUGUCAGUGGCUGCUCACCAGGAUGAGCGACGCCACUCCUGCUUGUCUGUACUUGGCUUUACCUGUACUUCACCCCCUCGUGGCUGGGGACACACCCUGGGCCCUGUCAUGGCCACACCAGCCCCGCCUCACUCUGGGACCUUUUGUUUUCCUCCCAGCCCUUCAGCUCUGACCUGACAUCAUCUCUGCUCCCCUGCAGUUUAUUCUUCUGAAUCCCCCAGUUCACGCAUAUGCUUGCCACUGUCCUGGUUCUUUUCAUUUUUUCCCAUUCACCGUCCUUAAUCACUUUAAUUUCUCUUCCAGGGCAGUCACACAAACUAGCCUCUUUUCAUGAUGAGCAAAACAACAGGAGACCAAUUCAAGCACAGAGUGAAAACUGGGCAGCUAGGCAUGGUGGCACUCACCUGCAAUCCUAGCUCUCUGGGAGACUGAGACAGGAGGGUCAAAAGUUCAAGCUCACCCUGGGCAACUUAGUGAAACCCUGCUCAAAUGAAGGAAAACUAAGAGACUCUGUCACUGCAAACGUGAACCAAUAAAAAAUAAAAACAGAAAAAUAUUUACAACUUCUACACACAAAGGUGCAAAAUAAAUGAAUGUAAAGGCAACCCAUGAACUGGAAAAGAAUAAUUGCAAACCAUAUAUCUGAUAAGGGGCUAAUAUCGAGAAUAUAUAAAUAACUAUAAUUUAAUAAGAAAAACAACUUGAUGAAAAUUGGGUAAAAGACAAAGUAGACAUGUCUCCAAAGAAAAUAUACAGUGGCCAACAAGCACAUAUAAAUAAGAUGCUCAACAUCAUUAAUCAUUAGGGAAAUGCAAAUCAAAGUCUCACUGAGAUACUACCUCACACCCAUUAGGAUGCCUACUAUCAAAAUAAAAACCUCAGGGGCCAGGGAUUUAGCUCAGUGGCGCAGCACCUGACCAGCAAGCCCAAGGCCCUGGGUUCGACUCCUAGUACCAAAAAAGAAAAGUAAAAAAAAAGACCAAAAAAAAAAAAAUUAAUUAAAAAUUUAAAAAAAAAAAA